ACAGUUAUUGUUUCUGUACAUGUACAAGAGAAUUAACUCUUAUAUUGUUUAAAUAUUAAUGGCGUGUACAAUUUCGAAGAUAACGGACGCAGAAGAUACUUUAAAGUAAAUAAAAACGAGUUUCAAAGUCAAUCAUUCAGUUAAUAGCAGACAGGCGUCGAGGCCAACCGUCACCUCGUGAGUGCGAAAUAAAGUUACGAGAGGUUAUUGACCCCGAGAUGGCUAUUCGCAAGCUUUUAUCGAUCUGUUUUAUAAUUAUAUUAUAUACAUAUCGAGUGUCCGCUCUAAACAUUUUAGCUAUCGUGUCUCUCCCUCUCAAAAGUCAUUACAUGGCAUUCCAACCACUAUUCCAGGAAUUAGCUGUUAGAGGACAUCGUGUUACUGUUAUAAAUAAUUAUCCGGAUAGUAAUCCGCAACCAAAUUUAAAAUACGUCGACAUCAGUUUACCGUCUGCUAGAAAAAUGCCUGUCAUGUCCGAAUUUGAGAAUAUCAGUUCUAAAUAUUUACAUAUCAGUAAUUAUUUAAAACAUUUCAUUCUAAGCAAAAAUAACGUAGAGGGUGAUUGUGAUAAUCUUUUCACGAAUCCUAAUAUGCGAACAUUUUUAAGUGAGGGUGAACGGUUUGAUGUGAUUUUCGUUGAGCAGUUUAUGAGUGAUUGUGGACUGGUUUUAGCUGGAACGAUGUACGAUGCUCCGAUAAUUGGUAUAACGUCACAUACACUGCUGCCCUGGGCUUACUCAAGGCUCGGUAUACCUUUUGACGUUCUGUCAGAUGCAUUUUAUUUCUCAAACGUUGGCACACAGCCGUCACUAUUAAAAUCCAUAGAAAACUAUUAUAUGCAUCUUUAUAUGAACACAAUUGGAAGUUGGAAAAUUCAACGAAUAAUUAACGAUGUAUUCAAACGACACGCUCCUAAUGCUUCUUUAGAUUUUGAAAUGAUAGUUAGGGAUAAAAUGAAAAUGAUGUUUGUUUAUCAACACUUUUCGGUGACGGGGGCCCGUUCGCUUCCGCCGCAGUUGGUCGAAAUAGCCGGCAUUCAUAUAAAAAAACCGAAACCAGUGUCACGGGACAUAGAAACAUUUUUAUCAUCUGCGAAACACGGAGCGAUUUACGUCAGCUUCGGUUCAAAUUUGAAAUCUAGUCUGAUGUCCGAAAAGAGAAGACAAGCGUUUUUGGAUGCGUUCAAAAAAAUCCCCCAAAAGAUUUUAUGGAAAUUAGAAAACGGUUCUUUACCAGACGGCAACGACAAUAUACUGACAAGUUCGUGGUUUCCUCAACUAGAUGUUUUAUGUCACCCUAAGGUGAGAGGGUUCAUAUCUCACGGGGGAAUGUUGAGUCUAUCUGAAGCCGCCUACUGUGGCAAACCAAUACUGGCUAUGCCUUUCUUUGGAGAUCAAUUUUCAAAUGUAGCGGCCAUCGAAGAGAGCGGCCUCGGUCUGUCUAUGUAUUUUAAUGAAGCUGACUCCGCGAGUCUAGUUGCAGCUAUAAACAAAUUAACAUCAAACGAGAUGCAACACAAAGCUGAACGUAUAUCAAAAAUCUUCAAUGACAGACCUUUAAACGUUAUGGAUAACGCCAUCUAUUGGACAGAGUACGUAGCUAAAUAUAGAGAUGUACCAAAGCUCCCUGCUUUUUAUACGCCCUGGUACAGGAGGCUAAUACUAGAUGCCGCUAUAAUCGUAAUUUUAAUUAUUCCUAUAGCGUUUGUGUUUCUUAUGUUUAAAGUCGUUAAAACCCUGCUGUUGUUGUUAUGUUAUCGAAGUUCACGGGUACAGACCAAAGCAAAGCGUAGUGAUAAGAAAAAACAAAAGAGGUUGUAAUUUUUACCUGCAAUGAUGUAUUAUAAUGGGAACUAUAUAGCAUAUAACUAGUAGAUAUAUAUUUUUUUGUAAACAUUGUAAGUUUUUAUGCAAUAUUUAUUAUCUAUGAAUAAAAAUGUAACCAAG